GCAUCGCCAGGGUUGCAAUUUUUCAUGAACAAUAAAAUUUUGAAAUUUCGAGUGAAAUAUUUCAAGAAAUUUCAGACAUUUGUGAAAAAUAUUUAAAAAUACCGGUUCCUUUUCAUGUUUCGCAAAACAUGCGAAAAUUUCGACUGUUUUCUAUUUUUGUGUAUUUGAUCGCGGGCUGCAUACUUUAACCCCUGAAAAAUAUGAAAUAUUUCACAGCCUCGUGAAAUUUCAUGAAAUGUUUCAAUCGGAAAUUUUCAAUCUUUCAUAUUUUUCAUUUCACGCGUGCAACCCUGAGCAUCGCCCCUCAGUGUGAGGAUUUUGAAUAGUUGACCCUCUACACACCACGCAUUAAUUGCAACGCCCAAGCAAGUCUCUUCCAAUUACUUUUCAACGACGACCUGCUACACUUGUCAAUCUAAAUUUCAACGGAUGCUCAUAACGACGAGACCAAUUCAAAAAACUUGAAGAAGCUAAUCGCACACAGAGCUGAAAGCAAUAAGGUCGCAUCUUUAUAUCGCGCUCUUAUCCGCAGCUGCUCGCGCCAUUACUUGUGUCCCAGCGGCAUAAAAUUCAGUGUCAACAGUCAAAUGAAAAUGAUUUGAGGACGAUGGUGUGAAACCACGAAGAUAAUCGCAUAAAGACGAAAGUGGAUUAAAAAAAAGAGGCGUUUAAGAAAAGUUCCAAGGCGAUUUAUUUCUCGGUAGUGUCUGACUCGCAGCCUGCUGAGCUUUUCGGUUGGAUACAACAUGAACCAACAUGUAUGGUUAUUCGUACUCACCAUAUUGUCAUACUGCCAGACACAAGGAAGUCAAGUAUGUAACGAAUGCUGCAAACUUCCGGAGGACCCGAUGCGUCACGACCCGAGGCUCGAGGUCUUCUACGAGUUCCAAGACCAAUGGCCGACUGGGUUCGCAAUAACCCCUUGCGGUCGGAAAUUCGCAAGCUACCCAGCGAGCAUUGACCCUCUCAACACCAACGACGGAUGCAACGGCAAGUACGCCGUGGCCGAACUCACCAAAUGUGGAGAGCUCCCUUACCCUAACCGCUGCAUGAACAACCCAUACGGAGGUGUCAUCAACUACUCGACCAGUCCACCAACUACAAAAGGUCUCCGGCAUCACUUCAUCAGCGUCAUAACGAUAGUCUACGUGAAAGAGUUCGACUUCCUCUUCUUCUUGGACAACGGUCGGGCCAGAGAUAAAAACCAGAUUCCAUACGUGGCGUCUCCGGGUGGGCCCAAACUUGUUGUGGUCAACAUGUGUAACGACUGUGUCGUGCGAAUCCAUUAUUUCAAUGACGCUACUGCAAGACCGAUGUCAGACCUUAGGGGUCUUACCGUGGACCCCAAGAGAAACGUGGCGUAUAUCGCGGACGGAUUUCAAUACAAAAUUGUAGUGCUGGACUUGUGCACUGGAAAGUCUUACAUUGCCUUUGAAGGAGAUAAAACCAUCUUGCCUAAUCCGAACUUCUUACUCACCACUUGGGGUCAAACGUUGUACAGCACGAGUAACAUCACACUCUGGAACGGGGCUCUCGGAGACAUCAGUGUGGGACGGCUUCCGUUAGGUGUGUCCGUGCUUGCUCUGUCGCCGGACGGGAAGCUGCUAUAUUACUCCCAAGCCAGCGGCCGAUUGUUGUAUUCUGUGUGCACGCAAGCCCUGUUGAACAAACAGCCAUCGUCCGAAGUCGCAAAAACCGUGAGGUAUCACGGCAAGAGAGGGGUGGGUUUCGCGAUAUGUUGUGACAAGAGGGGCAGAGUUUGGUCCGGCUUUGCAGAAAAUAACGGGAUUACAGUUUUUAACCCUCGCUGUCCAUUCGCGAAGAGCUUCAUGUACAUCCGCGACCCUCGAAUAAGUCUGCUGGGCACCAUUAUUGAAGCGGAGGAUGGUUAUAUUUAUUUUGUUGAAAACUCGUCCAAUGGCUUGCAGAUGAUGUAUCCGAGCACGGGUGUUCCGUUCACGGACAGGAGAAGGAAGCCGUAUGUGGUGUUCAGAUUUAGGUCCCCUUGUGAGAACCUUUGUCCGAGUUUUUGCGACCCGGCAACACUGGGAUUACAAGUAUGUUCCUGCGGUUGUUGUAGCUGAAAGCGAUUGAGUUGGCGGAGUGAUACAGUCUCAAGAAUCAGCUCGCAUCUCGAAGGUUGGUGAAUAUGAAUUUUUUCAUAUUUUUCUGAAAGGGCAAAACGACGAUCAAGCAUAAAUUCGUGUAUUUUCACAAUCCACCUUAACUACAAGUUAAUCAUAGGUCGUUCCGUGAGAAGAUUGAAGUCACCAUUUAAUUGCUACAGAGGAAGUUGUAACCACGUAAGUGAAGUUUGAGGGCUCACGGAUAAAAAUUUUAUCGGCUCAUUUACAAUCUAUUGUGUAGCGAUGGACCUAAUUCAUCUCUGCUUGUUGUAAUUUUAUAACCUGUACCUGAUAUCUUUAGAUAACUAAAUAAGACGAAUUUGAAAAAUAUGAAAUACGAAUAGUGCAUUU